AUGUCUGCUCAAAUAAAACGUUUCGAUGCGUAUGCAAAAACACUCGAUGAUUUCCGUGUUCGAACAACAAGUGGUGGUCUCGUUACAAUAUCAAGUACUUUGAUAAUUUUGAUAAUAUUUUAUAUUCAAUUGCAAUAUUAUUUAACAACUGAUAUUGAACAAGUUUUAUUUGUUGAUACAAGUCGCCAGGAAAAAAUGAAUAUAACAAUCGAUAUUUGUUAUCCAGUUUUACCCUGUAGUUAUUUAACUAUUGAUGCUAUCGAUAUAUCUGGAGAAGCGCAAACGGAUAUCGUACACAAUCUAUAUAAAACAAGAUUAGAUUUAGACGGAAAACCCAUUGCAAGUGACGUAACGAAAGUAGAACUUCAGCGAAUACCGAAAAUAAAUGCUACACAAGAGAGUUCAACAACAGCUCAUGCCUGUGAAUCGUGUUAUGGAGCAGAAUCGGACACAUACAAAUGUUGUUCGACGUGUGACGAAGUCAAAGCAGCAUAUAGAACGAAAGGAUGGUCAUUUGAUCCAACUGGUGUAGCCCAAUGUAUUCGUGAAGGACAAGCUGUCGGCUUAUUGGGUUCAAAUGAGAAUGGGGAUUUAUCUCAAAUGCAAGAAGGAUGUCUUGUUCAUGGUCACUUAGAAGUCAAUAAAGUUGCAGGUAAUUUUCAUAUAGCACCAGGUCAAUCGUUUCAACAACAUCAUGUUCAUAUUCAUUCAUUGAAAAAUAUCCGUUUGAAUAUGUUGAAUACUACGCAUUAUAUAAAUCAUUUAUCGUUCGGCCAACAUUUUCCUAGCCAAGUAAAUCCAUUAGCAGACACGAAGCAAAUUGCAAAUGCUAGUGCAGUUCUCUUUCAUUAUUACAUUAAAGUUGUUCCAUCAACAUAUGUUUUUCUAAAUAAAACUGAAAUAAAAACAAACCAAUAUUCAGUUACAAAGCAUCAAAAACCAAUUCAUAAUAUAGCUGAUAACAAUAAUCAUCAAUUGCCCGGAACAUUUUUCACAUAUGAAAUUAGUGCUAUUAUGGUGAAAUUCGUUGAACGACAACGAUCAUUGGCUCAGUUUUUAACAUCAUCAUGUGCGAUUAUUGGCGGUGUUUUUACAGUAUCAAGUCUUAUUGAUGCGUUUUUAUAUCGUGGUGGUUGUCUUUUUCGUCAAAAAAUGGAAAUAGGCAAAGCAACGUGA